UUAGUUCACUGAGAGAUGUUCUAUAGUGACCUUUGCCGACGUCAUUACGUAGCUUAAAAAAGAACGGGAAAGGGAACGGCGAGAUGCUAUCGCAAAGGGCAUGCUGGCAGAUCCGACUAAAGCUAUGUCGCUGGCCGAUGCUAUUACCCCUGUUGGCACUUGUCAGGAUAUGUGUGCUGAAUUCGAGCGGGUGGAGCGGAUUGUACAGAAUGAGGUGAAAGGCCCAGAAAAGAUUACUGCUGGGGCUACAAAUCGUUUAGUGCCUUGUGAAGACCUGAUGGUUAAGAAAUUUCGCCGAUCCGCGGCUGGACAUGACGAGCAGCUACCCUCGGAUAUUCGUCCUCCACACGUACUGAAGAAAACCUUGGAUUACCUUUUUCAUGAUGUGGUCGGCAAUUGCGAACGAUUAGGAGACGUUCACCAUUUUGUCUGGGAUAGAACAAGGGCCGUCCGAAACGACUUUUCAAUCCAACAGCUCACCAAGGCUCCAGAUGUUAGGAUUGCUAUCGAGUGUUAUGAGCGCAUCGCCAGAUUCCAUAUACUCUCACUUCACCAUCUAUCUAUCCCUGGAAAUGCCUAUGCAGAAUACACAAACCACCAAGAACAAGAGCAGCUAGACAAAACGCUUCUUUCAUUAAUGUACUAUUACGACGAUAGCCGAGGCAUAUUGGAAUCCCCCAAUGAGGCCGAAUUUCGAGCGUAUUGUAUCAUAUUUCAGAUCCGUGAGCGUUGCCCGGAUACCGAGGAACGCGCUCAGCGCUGGCCGAAGGAGAUAUUUUGGGAUCCGCGUGUUCAAAGAGCGCUGAAAAUAUAUGCUGCUGCUACUAGUGUCGUCGAAGAGCAGGGCCCUCUCCAACCUUACACAGGGUACUCAGUUGCGCAAGGGAAUUAUGGUCGAUUUUGGUCAACCGUGGGUUCCCAAGAGAUCUCUUAUUUGAUGGCUUGCGUCGCCGAGAUCUACUUCAAUCACGUUCGAAAAGCGGCUCUUUCCUCAAUUAUGAGGGCCUAUAAGCAAGGGGGGCAUGCAAAGACCGAAGACUGGACACUGAACGACCUAGUGCCUGUCCUUGGGUUCGAUGAUGAUGAUGAAGUUAGAAUAUUCUGCGAGGCCUACGGCCUGACGAUCUCAGAACGGGCUGAUAACGAAGAAUAUCUUGAGAUUGGUCCGAAUUCUGGGCGGGACCUCCUUGACCCAAACCCCCCACCGAAACAAUUCUUCUCUCGUAGUUUGGUUGAGAAGAAGAGAUACGGACGGACCUUAUCAUCAGUGAUUAAUGGAAUGACUGCGAUUGCCGCCGAACAGGCUGGCAUGAUUGAUGAGGCUGCCGUAGUUGGCGAUGAAACGAUGUCUCCGAACAAGAAUGACUCUCUCUUUGUAACCGAAGAUUCUGAAGAUGAAGAACCAUUGGAUGCAGACGCGAGCGAUCAGCUGGAUGCUGGGACAGAAGCAUCAGUUAUGUCUUCUGCGCUCAAUCCGUUCGCAGUUUCAUUCAAGCCAACGGAGCCGGUUGCAAACCUGGCUCGUUCAUCGGCAGGAGAUCACUCGUCUGAGAUUACCUCACCUUUGUCGAAUCCUCUCUCUGCUCCCCAUUCCAGUGCUAUUUCUAGCAACCCUUUUGGUUCAACGCCAACCGCCAAAUCUUCAACUUCGCCAUUGAAUUUCUCUUCCCCUGCAGUUUCGGACCCACUGAAUAAAGCAAAAGCACCGUCUCCUUUAAGUAAUCCUUUCCAGCCGAUGCAGACUUGGCAACCUUCAGUACCUAAGUCUCCAUCUGGUUCGAUCAAUCCAUUCGCUGCUGGCUUCAGUUCCGUACCCGCGCCAAGGCCGUUUGCGGGCGCCUUGUUUGGGAAACUAGAUACCUCACAAAUAACAACAGCCACUCAACAGCCGCCGUCUCUUGAUACAACGUCCGAGGGAAAUGGAAGGCAGGUACCAAGCGAGCCCUCUAGCUCCAAAACGACUUCUUAUCCGACUCCUUUUACCUCUGGAUUGUCAACAGCAGCGCCAACGGCACCGGUUGCAUCACCAUCAUCAAUCUUCGACCCCCACAGACCCCAAGUAAAGUCCAGUUCGACGCCAUUGGCAAUUUCCCAAACCGCAGAGGUUUCAAACACACCAGCGUUCCAAGACCAGCCUCCUUCGCCUUUUAAGACUUCCACUUCGCCAAGUUUUGUGGUAGCAUCCGAAAAGCGCCAGCAUUCAUCCCCCCUUAGCACUUCACGCCCGCCUCUCACAGAGCGUUCUUAUCAUUCAACACUCUUCCAAUCUAACUGCCAAUCGAAUGAUAUUGACGAUGCCUCGCCUGGGAGCCCUGCUUCGAUCAAAGAAUUGGAUCCUCUAAACAAGCACGUGGCCCCUACGGAAUCCCAAUAUGUCAGAAGAAGGACGGAGAAUGGUCCGCAGAAGCCUAGCAGACCUGAUGUCGGACUUGCAGUUGGAUCUACAGAGCGAAACCCCGACCAGGGUGGUCAUGACCUCAGCAGAAAAGCAGUAAUGGAUAAGACGCUCGACCAGAUCGCCUCAUCUCUGUUUUUAGAAUCAUAUGGAUUGCUUGAACAAUUGGUGGAGCAUACCAUUGGACCAAUAAUACGCCAGGCUCAAGCGCAUAUGAAAAAUGAAGCAGUGAUGAACGAAGCAGACGCGUUCCGUCGAAAUAUUGUCGCUCGCCGUUACGUCAAGCGUUGGAGGGAGAUCUGCUGGAAACUACGACUCUUACGCAAAAGCAAAGAGAGACGACAAAGGUUUGCAGAAGAUGCAAAGUUGGUCGCGCGCGAAAAGAGACGUCGAAGCGAGACGCCAGACAACGUGAUAUCUCUUCUACAAAAACCUCUCGUGGCCGAAACUCCGAGCCGUUCACUGCAGAAAUCCACAGUCGACCUUCUUUCUCAAAAAUCAACGCGACCUUUGACGUAUGAUCUGACAAAGCAGAAGGGCUCACUGGAGUCGAAAUCAAGCCAACAUCCCGUGACCCGCCCACGCGCUCAUCUAUCACCAACAACCUCAGCUUCAGGCGUCGAAUUUUCCCCAGAACGGAUCUCAGUACUGGGACACCGCGGCCGCCGCUCCACCAUUAGCAGCAUCAGCUCCACAAAUGCUCCAUUGUUGAGAUCUUUUGCUGGAAUACGCAAAGAAAAUACCGCACCGUUCAAUAGAUCAUUACAGAGUCUCUCUUUUUUGUCCGGCGAUUCAUUACUGAGUAGCUCCGUUAUUGCCAGAGCCCGAAAGCUUGUUCCUGAGAACAGACCCGCAAAGCAAGACACAACCCAAGCUCCAUACUUCAAAAUGAAAGCGCUAGGCUUGGAUCCAAAUGUUACCCUUUCAACUUCGCAGUCUCCGUCUCGAUUAUCUUCUCCGCUAUCGUUUUCACAGCAAUCACCCUCAAACACCCGUUCCGGAGCGAGAGACCAUGAGAAGAGCAUCCCGCAUAUAUCAAAGCCAGCAAUUUUGUCUACUUCCUUCUCUCCAUCAUCGCCGUCCUUCCUGAGAAUGUCGCAGAACACAAGCAAUGGCCCAAGCAAGAAGCGUUCUCGAGAGGACCGUGAGUGCGAGAAUGGCAAGGUUUAUGAGACAGUUGGGAUGGAAGAAGCCAUUGCUGCUGCCAAUGAAACAUUCAAUCCUUGCUCCACUUCAAGUUCGGGGCGAGAUAACGAUCACUCCCCUGCCAAGAGUAGCACAAAUUUGGGCGCCCGGAAAAUGGCCAAGCUGGACUUCUCGGCUCCGAAAAGUACAGGUUCGCUGCCACCAUUUCCAGGACAUGAACGCCAGCAAACCACCGCACUCGAUGACGAAGAUGAGCAACUUUUCGCGCAAAUGCGCGGCGUGCGGGAAGCAAUGGACGAUACUAUUCGCUUUUUCCAAGAAGAAUCUGCGCGAAAUAAACAUGACGCUGCAAGCGUCACUGGACAGGAGACAAAUUACACAUUUCCUGUCUCAGCUACAUUUUCUACGACUCCAAUCGCGAAGACAUUUCAGACUACUCAAGGCACAAAAUUAUCGGCGGAUCCACUCAUUUCUAGCACCCCGCUCGGUGAGGCUGGGGAUCUAUUCUCACGGUUCACUAGACCCGCGAGUGGGAGUGACCUUGCAGAGAGAGAGCCACAAAGCAUUGCUCAACGACAAAGAAAAGGCAAACAACCUCUGCGCGACCCACCUGGUUUUGCGACGGCUGCAACCGAACUACAAAAGCAACAAGAAGAAAAGUCUGGAAUAAGCAUGGAUGAUGCUAUUGAGCUUUGAUGGCCUUUUCUAUUCUUUUUCACGCAAUCAUGCCUUCUUUGGAGCUAGACCCUUGUACCUAGUUUAAAUUUUCCAAUGUUUAUUUCUACUACGUUCUAUCAGCUUUGCUUUGCCAUUCUUAUUCUCAUUCCAUGUCCAUAUUACCCACAGGGCUUAUUUUAUCUCGUCAGGCCCACAUAUAUGUCUCUCAGAGCCUUUUCCCAUCAGCUUCCAAUCAAUAUUUCAAAUGUUUCUUUAUUGCUGAAGUGUACAUUUCUUCUUCUCACUCUUGACU